AUGCUUCACUCCGACCCCAUUAGACCGAACCCAACAAACACCUACGGCAAAAAACGCCUGCCGGCCGACGACCAGGUUGGCCAAGUUACGUCCUCAAACUCUAAGGGGUUUAUGCACCGACAACGACUGAACUGUUUCUAUACCAAUGCUCAGGGUUUUUUCAGUAAGUUUCCAGAAGUGGAACUACGUUGUCGGACCAGUCGAUGGGAUUUUAUUGCCGUAACCGAAACCUGGUUGACGACUGACAUUCUGGACUCCGAGCUGCGAUUACCGGGCAUGGAGCCAUUGAGGCGUGAUCGUCCAUCGCGAGGUGGGGGCGUGUUGCUCUACUAUUAUAACAAAUUACAAUGCGGGUAA